AGCCAACCCUGCGCACCACCACAACAGGGGCCACGAUACAACCAUGGCCUUCGUUCGAUCUCAGAGCGCCUUAAGGCUUUUCAGACCUCUUCCACAGAUCUCCCGCACGUCACGAUGCCUGUCUACAAGCCCACAACGUCGACUAGGCGAGCCAGACCCUAAAGCUAUCCCCGACGCCGAAGCUAUGCAAUCGACCGAAGAUCAAGCAACAUUAGUUGCUGCGGAGUACAAACCAGAGACAGGUGUUGGGAAAUACCACCAAGAGCAUCAGCCAGACUACACGGCGAUGGUGGACCACGGCACAUCGACAUAUUCGCCAAUCCCAAAAAGGGUGAUGAAUGGAAGUGAACCGGGAGAAACAACGCCAGCUGCAAUUCUGUCGGGGGCGCCAGUCGACUUGCAGGCUCGGACAGUGAGGAUUUACAAGCCCGCUAAGCCCGCGACUCAGUCCGGUACAUGGGGAUCGCAUGCUUGGCGCAUGGAUUGGGAUGUUCUGGCGAAAGGUCACAGAUGGGAGAACCCGUUGAUGGGCUGGCAGUCAUCAGCGGAUUUCAUGCAGGGAACCAAGGUGAAUUUCAAUACCAAGGAGGAUGCCAUUGCCUUUGCAGAGAAGCAGGGCUACGAGUGGUACGUGGUAGAGCCGAAUGAGCGACGGUUCGUGCCAAAGGCAUACGCCAACAAUUUCUUGCACGAGCCAAAGCCAUUGAAGCAUAUCAAGACGAAAUAGGGUGUCUGGUGAUGGAUGACUGUGGGUCGGGCCCGGCGUUUCAAUGCUGGUAGACACGCUUGUGUACAUAUGGAUCAAGAAUCAAGAAUAAAAGGCUUUUUAUGAUUCAA